GUAGGACUGGGAAGGAGGUAUAAAACUGCAGCGCUUGCAUAAACAGUAUCUUCAGUAAUAAUGGAACUGCCUACCGUCAUGAAGUUGUGUGCUCUGUUUAUCGUUGUGGUUUCUGUUUCGGCUGAUAGUCUCCUUGGGGGUUGGAGCAGUCUUGACCCUCAAGAUAAGUCAGCGCAAAAGGCAUUGCAGUACGCUAUUCUGAAGUACAAUCAAGCCAGCAACGAUAUGUAUACGAUGAAAGUACAGAAAGUGAAUGGAGUAGAAAGGCAGGUUGUUAGUGGACUGAAUUACCGUUUUAAUGUUGAUCUUGUCCGGACCACAUGCAGGAAUGGAAAAGAGCUAGACCUUGACAGAUGCCCUGUUCAUGAAGAUGCAAAUCUUUCUAAGGUCUCCAGUUGCAAUUUCGUUGUUAAUGUAGUACCUUGGACUGGUGCUUAUACAUUUCAAAAGGAUGACUGCCACUAAGAGAUGAAAACUACAUACUUCGUCUUCUGGGAAAUGCAGCUACUUUGCAGUAUUGCUUUACAAAGAAAUCUCUAAAUGAUUUAGCUACUACAUUUUAAAUGAAAUUAUUUGUUCUGCAGUUUUAUUGGCUGUUAUAAUGGGCAAUGCUAUGUAGCAUAUAAAAUUGUAUAUUUUAAACAAAAACUAAAACUGACCUAAUAAAAAGAUACUGGUAAAUAAA